GACACGAUCCGGGAGUAGAACGGGGUGCUGUGGGGGACGAGGAGGAGUGGCCAAACCUCAGACACAGUUACAACAAACAGCUGUCUCGUCCGUGAAUGGUCAUGGGUUCCAUUCCCGAGCUGUCCAUUCUCCGGGGAGAGGUGCGCUCCCUCGGCAAUGGGCCCCACCUCUUGCAUCGUCUCUUCGAGCGGGCAGUUUGCCAUUUCGGGAAGCUGAAGGCCCUGACCUUCCAUAGCAGAACCCUCAGUUUCGAGACCCUGGACGCUACUGCAAACAAACUGGCGAGGUCGAUGCUCCGUUAUGCCACAAGCGUGGGCGUGCGGGCAAAUCAGGACGGCGACUUCUUGGUGGCCGUGUGCAUGGAACCCAGCGACCGACUGGUGGUAACAUUGCUGGCUGUCUGGAAAAUAGGGGCGGCAUAUCUACCACUCGACUCCAACUUCCCCUCUUCCAGGGUCAGCCACAUCCUGAACGAGGCACAACCCAUGUUCGUUGUGGUCGAUAAGGAUGAACCGGAAUUGUUCGGAUCAUUCAGGAACAUUACCCAGUACGAGGAGUUGCACCAGCUGGCUGCAAAUCUUUCGCCGGAGCCAGUGCCCGACACUGAGACAAUGACUGACAAGAACACAUCACUUGCUGUCGUGCUAUACACUUCUGGUAGCACAGGCAUUCCUAAAGGAGUGCGGCUACCACACCAGGUGGUGCUCAACAGACUGUUGUGGCAGUGGUGUACAUUCCCAUAUGGUCCUCAGGAGCAUGUCUGCGUCUUCAAGACUGCUCUUACAUUUGUGGAUUCGGUCGGGGAGUUGUGGGGGCCCUUGCUGCAGGGCCGCAACAUACUCGUGGUGCCCCGUGAUGUCACAAAGGAUCCUGAGCGACUCCUACAUGUCCUCGAGGAACACAAGGUGCAACGGUUGGUCCUUGUGCCAUCACUCCUGCGCUCACUGCUGCUAGUGUUGGGAUUUGAAGCCAAGAACAAGAGACUCCUGAACCACCUCACGACAUGGGUAUGCAGUGGGGAGCCACUCCCUGCCCAGCUUGCCUGCGACUUCUUUGCCCACUUCGAUUCUGGUGACCAUGUACUCUGCAACUUCUACGGGAGCACAGAGGUAAUGGGCGAUGUCACAUACCACGUGAUGCGAUCUGCCACCGACGUCAACGAGAGUGCCAAGGUGCCCAUAGGUCGUCCCGUUUACAACACUGCCAUCUACCUGCUGGACGAGAAUCACCAUCCUGUGGUGUCAGGUGAAAAAGGCGAACUGUACGUGUCUGGCUUCAACCUUACCCAGGGCUACGUGAGGGGUCGGGACCCUGAUCGCUUCCUAACCAACCCACUAACCGUUGACCCUGAACACUCUCGUCUUUACCGCACAGGGGAUUUCGCCCGCCUUGUAAAGGGCUCACUCGUGUACGAGGGACGCACAGACUCCCAGGUGAAAGUCAGGGGUCAUCGAGUCGACCUGUCCGAGGUGGAGCGUGCCGUGGCAGCAGUGCCUGGCAUUGACAAGAGUGUCGUGUUGUGCUACGAGCCGGGAGGGACCGAGCAGGCACUGCUGGCCUAUGUGACGACACAUCCUGGUGCCUGCCUGACGUCACAGCAAGUGGAGACUGAGCUCCACAAAAGCCUUGCAACUUACAUGCAGCCACAGGUGUUUGUAGUGGACAACAUCCCACUCCUUGUCAAUGGCAAGACAGACCGACAGGCACUGUUACAGAGAUACGAGGAACAAAACACCGGCAAUGACGGACACAGAGCAGACAACCUAAAGAUAGACUACACGGGAAUAGCAGCCAAGCAACUGGAAGCAGCACAUGCUCUGUUUGAGACAGUGGCAUCAGUUCUAGGAGGCAGCGCACGUUCCAAGGUGCGCCGUGAGGCAAACUUCUAUGAGCUUGGUGGCAACUCACUUAAUUCUGUGUUCACUGUCACCAAGCUAAGGCAGAAGGGAUAUAUCAUAGGUAUUACCAACUUCAUCUCAGCCAAAGACCUGCAACAAGUGUUGGAUCAAAUGCGAAGAGCAGAUGUCGACGCCGCAACGGUCACCGAGAAGCAAGAGGACAAGAGGUAUACGGCACAAAUGUUGCAAGACGAACACAAGGACGCUGUAAACCACAUGAUCACUGAGAGUUUCUACGAGAAGGCAGAUCUGGAGCAGUGGCUGAAGCCGGACAUCCAUCGAGAGGACUACAAGGACCUUACUGACAAGAUAUGGGAGCCCCUCGUCCUGAAAAACCUCAGUUUUCUCAUCAAGGACGCAUCUGGGGAACCAGUCGGAGUAGCUCUCAACUUCGACGCGCAUGAUGAACCCUCUGUGGAGAUUGCCAGCAAGCUGGAGAUUGUGUUUGAUUUCUUGGAGUUCCUGGAGGGUCCUAUCAGGGAAAAACAGCUACCUCAGGGGAAGGGCAAAGUGUUGCACAGCUUCAUGAUGGCAACCCACCCAUCACUCAACUAUCAACAGAACAUUGCGGCUAUGCACUUCAUGGAAGCUGAGGUGCUCAAGAUGGCGAAGAAUAAAGGUUUUGCUGGCAUCUUCACGACCAACACCAACCCUCUAACCCAGCAACUUGGCACUGAUGUGUAUGAAUACCAAGUGCUCCAUGACUAUCAAGUGAACCUGUACACGGCCCCAGACGGAUCAAGGCCAUUCCGAGAAGCACCAGACAGCCAGAGAGCCGUCUGUUCAUGGAGACCGAUAUAAGGCAGACCAAUCACAAACUGCAUCUGCAUACAGACAUGAAAACAGAUUCUUCAUUUCGAUAAAUUACCUUACAGUUCAAAGUCCAUGUAACUUUACAUUCAGAGAAGUUAUUUAUACUUCAGAUUUGUACACACACCAUUGCUACAUCUGUUCUAGUCCAUUAUCUGUCAGGCAAGGUGCUGUUGCAAUUUAAAUUCCUAUAAAUAUUAAAACAAAAGUUCUACCACCAAGAUGAUCUGCACCUUGGAUAUAGAGAAUUGUUAGUGUAGUGCUAUAAAUCUCUUGGACUGCUGUAAUGUUUAUAUGUUUUGUACAUACACAAAUAUUUAUACAGAUAUCAGUAUUUAUCAUUAUGUAGAAUUCAAGAUGGUUAAUAAAAGGGACUGGACAACCAGAAAUGCAUCUACUAAA